AAAAAUCUUUAAAUACUUUUUAGAUCCCUCAUGGGGAUUUGAUAAAAAUCUCUCUUACACGUGUUCAUCACCCCCUCUAUCUUCCCCUUCACAACACCCUCAUCCUACUAAAACCUUCAGAAAUCGACAACUUCUCUACAUUUUACACAUUACUCUUCAAUGGAUUCUCUGCGUGUGCUGCAAUGUUUCUCUGCCACCAAGAAUUCUUCAUUUUUAGAAACCCAAUUCGCGAGGGAAUUAAGAUUCCUCCAUCACCAUAACCGGCAAAGAACCUUUCGGGUUGUGGGUUUUUUGAAGCCAAGAUUAGCUCCUGGUCGUGGACAUCAUUUGGGAUUACAGCAACAAUCUUCUCCCGUUGUCUGUGCUGUAUCCACCCAAACCAGAGAAGAAGAGAAGGGGGAAACAGGGAUGAAGUCAAAGACCGCUCGUGGGAUGGUGCAGCUGAGUCUGCGGCUAGAUCAUCAGGUCAAAUUUGGUGAGCACGUUGGAGUCUUGGGGUCCAUGAAAGAAUUUGGAUCAUGGAAGAAGAAGAAGCAAUUGAGUUGGACAGAGACUGGUUGGGUUUGUGAUAUGGAAUGUAAAGGGGGGGAGACUUGUGAAUUUAAAUUUGUCGUUGAGCAAUUGGACAAGAGCAUGGUAUGGGAAGGUGGUGACAACCGAGUCUUAAAGCUGCCACAAUCUGGGAGUUUUGAGAUGGUUUGCCAUUGGAAUAUGACUAAUGAACCAGUAAAUCUGUUGCCUGUGGAUGGCAAAGAAUAUGAGGUAGAAGUGGAAAAUGUAUCCGAACUUCAAGAAGAUAACGGUUCUCAAGUUUUGGAGGGUGCCACAAGUCCUUUUGUGGAGAAAUGGCAAGGGAAGGAAGCAUCAUUCAUGCGAUCGAAUGAGCAUGGAGAUAGGGAAAGACAAAGACAAUGGGAUACCGCGGGGCUUGAAGGGGUGGCUUUAAAGUUAGUCGAAGGUGACAGGGAUGGCAGGAACUGGUGGCGAAAGCUUGAAGUUAUUCGUGAGCUAGUGGUUGGAAGUAUGGAUGGUGCAGAACGGUUGGACGCUCUCAUAUAUUCAGCCAUCUAUCUCAAGUGGAUAAAUACUGGGCAAAUUCCUUGCUUUGAGGAUGGUGGUCAUCACAGGCCAAAUAGGCAUGCUGAAAUUUCCAGGCUUAUAUUCCGUGAAUUGGAAAGAAUAUCUAGUAGGAAAGAUACUUCGCCACAGGAGUUGCUUGUAAUCCGCAAAAUUCAUCCAUGCUUACCAUCUUUCAAAGCAGAAUUCACCGCUUCCGUUCCUCUAACUCGAAUUAGAGACAUUGCUCACAGAAACGAUAUCCCACAUGACCUCAAGCAAGAAAUCAAACAUACGAUUCAGAACAAACUUCACCGAUGUGCUGGCCCUGAAGAUUUAAUUGCUACUGCUGCAAUGCUUGAAAGAAUCACUAAGAACCCUGGACAAUACAACGAAGCAUUUGUUGAGCAGUUCAAAAUAUUCCAUCAUGAACUCAAGGAUUUCUUUAAUGCUGGAAGCCUUACUGAACAACUUGAGUCGAUUAAAGAAUCUUUUGAUGAAAGGAGCAAAGCAAAGCUUUCUUCGUUCUUGGAGUGCAAGAAGGCGUUGGAUAACUUCCAAGGAACACCUGAUGUGUUGAAAGGCAACGGGAUAGAACUAUUGGUCAAUACUAUACAAUCGUUAGAUGGCUUUCGAGAAAUAGUAAUGAAAGGUCUUGAAAGUGGUAUCCGCAAUGAUGCUCCUGAUACUGCAAUAGCAAUGCGCCAAAAGUGGCGUCUUGUUGAGAUCGGACUCGAGGACUAUGCAUUUGUUCUCAUGAGCAGAUAUCUGAAUGCACUUGAUGCUGCUGGCGGGGCUCAAUGGCUUGCAGAGAAUGCGCAUUCAAAAAACAUUAACUCAUGGAGUGACCCGAUUGGUGCUCUUGUUGUCGGCAUUCGCCAGCUGGGGUUAUCGGGAUGGAAGCCAGAAGAAUGUAAAGCGAUUGAAAACGAACUUCUUGCAUGGAAAGAAAAAGGUCUUUUGGAAAAAGAAGGUAGUGAAGACGGGAAGACAAUUUGGGCUCUAAGGAUUAAAGCUACACUUGAUAGAUCGAAGAGACUCAUUGAUGAAUACUCAGAGGCACUUCUCCAAAUCUUUCCUCCGAAAGUAGAGUUGUUGGGCAAAGCUCUCGGGAUUCCUGAAAAUAGUGUGAGAACGUUCACAGAAGCAGAGAUUCGUGCCGGCAUAAUUUUUCAGGUUUCGAAACUUUGCACGAUGCUUCUAAAGGCAGUUAGGACCACGCUCGGGUCUCAGGGUUUUGAUGUUCUUGUUCCUGGAUUAGCUCAUGGAACUUUGAUACAGGUUGAAAGAAUAAUACCAGGCGUACUUCCGUCUUCUGUCAAAGGACCUGUUAUUCUCAUGGUCAGCAAAGCCGAUGGAGAUGAGGAGGUAACAGCUGCAGGGAGUAACAUAGUCGGGGUCAUUCUGCUCCAGGAGCUGCCUCAUUUAUCACAUCUCGGUGUCAGGGCCCGACAGGAGAAAGUUGCAUUUGUGACUUGUGAAGAUGAUGAUAAAAUUGCUAGUAUCAAAAAGCUUGAGGGGAAACAUGUGAGGUUAGAUGCAUCCCCGUCGGGCGUCAAUGUUUCACUUUCCUUGGAGGACGGUGUUAGGGACGGUCUUGUGGAAACUUCAUCAAACGGAACCAUAACGGAUUCUGUACCCAAAUCCAUCUCUUCAAGCCAGGGUGUUUCUACGGGCGGCAUUAUACCUCUCGCCGAUGCAGAUGUACAAACUUCCGGUGCAAAGGCAGCAGCUUGUGGUAGAUUAGCUUCUCUAGCUGCGGUUUCGGCUAAAGUUUAUAGCGACCAGGGAGUUCCGGCAGCUUUUAACGUGCCGAAUGGGGCGGUGAUUCCUUUCGGUACUAUGGAACUUGCAAUAGAAGAAAGCCAGUUGAAAGAAGCUUUUGCGUCGCUAUUGGAGCAGAUCGAAACUGCCAAAAUGGACGGUGGAGAGCUCGAUAAGCUGUGUAACGAGUUGCAAAAUUUGAUCACCUCCCUGCAGCUUCCGAGCCGAAUUCUUGAAAGUUUAGGGGAAUUGUUCGAGGGUAAUGCGCGUUUAAUCGUACGGUCAAGUGCUAACGUGGAGGAUUUGGCUGGAAUGUCGGCUGCCGGGCUAUAUGACUCUAUUCCUAAUGUUACCCUUUCGAAUCCAGUCAAUUUUGGGCAUGCCGUUAGUCGGGUAUGGGCUUCGUUGUACACCCGAAGAGCGGUUUUGAGCCGUAGAGUUGCUGGUGUGCCGCAAAAAGCGGCAACAAUGGCGGUUUUGGUCCAGGAGAUGCUUUCACCGGACCUUUCCUUUGUGCUCCACACGGUCAGCCCGACAGACAACAACAAUAACGUGGUGGAAGCCGAGAUUGCACCCGGGCUCGGAGAGACGCUAGCGUCAGGGACAAGAGGCACGCCGUGGCGGCUUUCAUCCGGGAAAUUUGACGGGGUGGUUCGGACACUGGCAUUUGCGAAUUUCAGCGAGGAGAUGGUGGUCGGAGGUCUGGCGGAUGGGGAGGUGCUCCAUUUGACAGUCGAUUACAGCAAGAAGCCAUUGACGGUCAACCCCGUUUUCCGGCAACAGUUCGGGCAGAAGCUGGGUGCUGUUGGUUUGUUCCUUGAGCGUAAAUUCGGAUCGGCUCAAGAUGUCGAAGGAUGCUUGGUCGGUAAAGAUAUCUUCAUUGUCCAAACUCGACCGCAACCGCUGUAACAACCGGUAUCCUAUGCUUUAUAAGUCAUGUAGUUGAACCAUACUAUUAACCUUAAUAAAUGGAAGCAUCACUUUCUGGCA